GUGCUCCCUUCCAAAGGUCCCAGCAUCCUCACGCUACCUCCUGCCGGCACUUCCACCUGGCCCCCCAGCCCCAGAUCUCCGCAGACUUCCCCCUGCCUCACGCCGUCCAGCCUCACCUCCCAGCCGCCCAGCAGCACAGCAGCCCGCUUCACUCGUCGCUGCCCACGAUACCCACCCUGCCAUUCCAGGAUGUGACGGGACCUCCGUUCCUACCUCAAGCGCUUCACCAGCAAUACCUUCUCCAGCAGAGGCUCCUGGAGGCCCAGCACCACCGCAGGAUCAUAUCCCAUCCCAGGCGGACUCAGGAGCACAUGUCUGUCCAACCUCAUCGGUUACAUCCAAGCUUUGAAUUUGGCCAUCAGCUGCAAACUCCCCGGACUGUGGCCCCCCAACCUAGAUAUUUAGCUGAAGGAACAGACUGGGAUCUCAGUGUUGAUGCCGGUCUGGGUCACAACCAGUUCCAGGUCAGGCCAGUCCCUCAACAUUAUCAGCACUAUUUGGCGUCACAAAGAAUGCACCAUUUCCCCCAGAAUACAUCCUCCACACAGAUGGUUGUCCACGAGAUCAGAAAUUACCCCCAGUUUCAGCUGCUUGCUCUUCAGGGACUGAAUCCAAACCGGCACCCAUCGGCCGUGCGAGAAAGUCAUGAGGAGUUGUUACAACUAGAAGACCGGCUGGGAAGUGUGAGUAGGGGAGCUGUGCAAAACACCAUUGAACGGUUCACUUUCCCACACAAAUACAAGAAGCGAUGGCCGCAGGAGGACAGAACAGAAAAGGAAGGAGAAGAGUCAGACACGGAAGAGAAAUGCACCAUCUGUCUUUCAGUGCUUGAAGAUGGCGAGGAUGUGAGGCGUUUGCCGUGCAUGCAUCUCUUUCACCAAGUGUGCGUCGACCAGUGGCUGGCCACCAGCAAGAAAUGCCCCAUCUGCCGCGUGGACAUUGAAACACAACUCGGAUCGGACAGCUGA